AAAUAGCGAACAUUCUGUUAAAUCUAGCUCCGAAGCCACCGCAGAGAAUCAUCGAAGAAAAAUUCAUUUCUUUCUUACAGUCAUGUAGAACCCAUAAACAACUUCUCCAGAUUCAAGCUCAGAUUACUGCCCAUGGAUUUGAGUAUAAUGAAUACGUUGCCCCAAAGUUCAUCACGGCCUGUGCAACACUCAAGAAUAUGGCCUAUGCCCGAAAGGUGUUCGAUCAAAUUCCUGAUCGGAACACCGCUCUAUGGAAUGCCAUGUUUAGAGGGUAUUCGCAAAAUGAGUCUUACUGGGAUGUCAUUGUGCUGUUCAUUCAAAUGAACAGAGCUGGCGCACUGCCAAAUUGCUUCACCUUUCCCAUUGUCCUCAGGUCUUGUGGUAAGGUAAAUGCGACAACGGAAGGAGAAGAAGUUCAUUGUUCUGUAAUGAAAGGAGGUUAUAAAUCAAAUCCAUUUGUGGCAACCACAUUGAUUGAUAUGUAUUCAGCUAGGGGGUAUCUUGGAGCUGCUCAUAAAGUAUUUGGUGAGAUGCUUGAUAGGAAUGUAGUUGCAUGGACCUCUAUGAUCAAUGCGUACAUUUCUUCUCAUGACAUGGUUUCUGCGCGACGCCUUUUUGACUUAGCACCUGAGCGUGAUAUCAUCUUGUGGAACACUAUGAUUUCGGGUUAUAUAGAAGUGGGGGAUAUGGCGGCAGCAAGACAACUUUUUGAUAAGAUGCCCAGUCGGGAUAUUAUGUCAUGGAACACAAUGCUGUGCGGAUAUGCGACUAAUGGGGAUGUUGAAUCCUGUGAGAAGUUGUUCAAAGAGAUGCCUCAAAGAAAUGUGUUUUCUUGGAAUGGAUUUAUUGGGGGUUACGCUCGCAAUGGACGUUUAUCUGAAGUAUUGGAGUCUUUUAAACAGAUGCUUAUUGAAGCUAAUGUGCUUCCUAAUGAUGCAACACUUGUCACAGUGUUGUCUGCAUGUUCAAGAUUAGGAGCCCUUGAUAUGGGUAAGUGGGUGCAUGUAUAUGCAGAUAGUAUUGGUCUUACAAGAAACCUGUUUGUUGGAAAUGCUUUGAUUGACAUGUAUGCGAAAUGUGGAAAUAUAGAAAAUGCAAUUGUUGUGUUCAACACUCUGGAUAGAAAAGAUAUAAUUACAUGGAACACCAUCAUCAAUGGCCUGGCCGUACACGGGCAUGCUGCUGAUGCAUUGAGUUUGUUUGAUCAGAUGAAGAACGCAGGAGAAAAACCAGAUGGAGUUACUUUUGUUGGAAUUUUGGCUGCCUGUGCACAUAUGGGCUUAGUCAAAGAUGGUUUUUCACACUUCCAAUCAAUGGCGGAUUGUUAUUCAAUUGUCCCUCAAAUUGAGCAUUAUGGAUGUGUGGUUGAUUUACUAGGAAGAGCUGGUCUUUUGAACCAGGCUAUGGAUUUUGUGAGAAAGAUGCCCAUGAAACCAGACUCAAUUAUAUGGGCUGCCCUACUGGGGUCAUGUAGAAUAUACAAGAACGUUGAGUUAGCCGAAUUGGCUCUUAAGCGGCUCAUUGAACUCGAGCCAAACAACCCUGCAAACUUUGUUGUGCUUUCCAACAUAUAUAAGGAUCUUGGAAGAUGGCAAGAUGUUGCUCGAUUGAAGGUUGCAAUAAGAGAUACUGGGUUCAGGAAAUUGCCAGGAUGUAGUGUGAUUGAGGUCAAUGAUAAUGUGGUUGAAUUUUAUUCCUUAGAUGAGAGACAUCCUGAGACAGAGGAUGUAUACAGGACAUUGAGGGGGUUGACUAUACUGUUAAGAUCAUAUGGAUAUGUUCCAAACGUAGCAGAAAUUGGGCGAGGAACUUGAAUGAUGGAAGGGGUAUCACAUGAGUGAGCACGGAUACAUUGUUAAAGAAGAUGUCUAGCUCGGCACUGGAAUCACCCAUAAUUUAAUUCUCGGGCCUAAAUCGAUUCUUCCUUACCACCUCUGCACUGUACCAGGAUUUUGAAAUGAUUGUUCCCUGCGCCUUUGUAACUUCCAGUGACUAAUAUUUUGGAAAUCCGGCAGCAUGAUCCCACUGCUUAUCCUAGUUAGGAUUUAUUUAAACCUUAAAUUUAUAUUAUUCUAUGAUUUAUUUGAGUUUUUCUCAUAGGGCUUACUCUCUAUUUUAAAGUUCUCUGGCUAUUGUUUCGGAACUGGGUGACUAUGGUUUAGAUUUAUUCUCGGCUACUAAUAGAUAAC